AUGCCUUGUGGCGUUGAUGCUGAUGCCAAUCUCGAUUUCUUCUCAAUCGCCGACAACAUCUCCGAUCUGCCCAACGAGUGCCUGGCCUGCAUAUUCAAGUCUCUGGAUUCCGUAGAUCGUGAAAACUGCUCUCUCGUCUGCCGCCGUUGGCUUCGCGUCGAGGGUCAGAACCGACACCGCCUUUCCCUCGAGGUUGAAGAGCCUGUACAGCCCAAACCCGAUCUCCUCCCCUUAAUCCCUUCUCUUUUCACUCGCUUCGAUGCCGUCACCACACUUGCCCUCAAAUGCAGCAGUAUCCCAAUCCGACCCAGACCCUCCCUCAUCGGCAACGACGCUCUUAUCCUCAUUUCUCUCCACUGCCCUAACCUCACUCACCUCAAGCUCCAUGCUUGUGAGGAAUUGAUCGAUGAAGCCAUGGCCGCUUUCGCCAUAAACUGUAAGGGUUUAAAGGAGCUCAAUUGUGAUUCCUGCAACUUUGGUGCCAAGGGUAUGAACGCUGUCCUCGAUCACGCCUCCUCCCUGCAAGAGCUCUCCCUCAAGCAUAUUAGAGGCCUUAGCAGUGACAGUUCCGCAGCCAUACCUAUUGGACCAGGUGUAGCUGCGAACUCCCUUAAAAAAAUAUGCAUCGAGAGAGUCCUUGGCCAGUGUUUUGGACCCCUGAUUAUUGGUUCCAAGAAUCUCAGAACCUUGAAGAUCACCUACUGCUUCUCUAGGUAUUAUUGGGAUGAGCUCCUCAAAGCCAUAGCCGAAGAAAUCACUGGUCUGGUGGAGGUCUAUCUGAACACAUUUGUUACCGACGUCGGCCUCGCUGCGUUCUCUAAUUGCUGCUCCAAUCUGGAGAUAUUGCACUUUGAAGAGUCCGAGUGCACGAAUGCGGGGUUGGUGUCCAUCGCUGACAACUGCAAGCGCCUAAGGCAACUCCACAUCGAUGGAUGGAAGUUCUAUAAUAUAGGUGAUGAAGGCCUAAUUGCCAUUGCCAAAGGGUGCCCUAACCUUGAGGAAUUGGUUCUGUUUGGUAUCAAUCUUACUUUUUUAAGCUUGAGCCUGCUCGGUGCCAAUUGCCAGAAUCUCGAGCGGUUAGCAGUGGGUUGGAGUGACACGUUUGGUGAUGCCGAGAUUUCAUGCAUUGCUGAUAAAUGCAUAAGAUUGAAGAAUCUCUAUAUCAUGAAAUGCCCAGGUGUCACCAAUUAUGUGAUGGAAGCACUUCCUGGUCGUUGCUCUAAUCUGGUGAAGGUGAAGAUUAGGAGCUGCAGUGGAAUAACUUGCAAUGGUGUGGUUGUUUCGCAAGUGGUAUGUUGGGGUCUAUGGGAUAUCAUUGUAGAUGGAUAUACCGAUGAUACCCUUUGGGUAGAUAUUAUGGGUACCAGGCGUGAUUUCAAAACUAAUUCACUUUUUUGA